CGUCUAGCGAUCUUGCUUCGGAUAAUAUUAUAGCUAAGUUACCUAAAUUAUCAGUAUACCAAGAUAAUGUUAGCUGAUAACUUAGACAUCACGUCUAAAACUGUCGUUUGCAACGUACCGUCAAUUAAAUGCUCUGUUGGAUCAAAAAUGUUGAUAACUGAUCUAAAACAAUAAUAAUACAAGUUCCCCACGCUUCGUGCACAAAUAACACUGAAUUUCAGGCUCAAUACUACCCCAUACCACUAGAUGGCGAUACUGGAAACAAUGCCACCUCCUCUGUGGUGCCUCAUGUAGGUACCACAGGAGAGGUAGGGCUCAGAAAUGAGAUCUGCGCGCAGACCCUUCUCGCUGUGGUUGAAUGGGUGAGCUGCUGAACUGAGCAGCAGCAGCAGCGCGGUGGAGAUGUUGCGGAGGAAAGCAGCGAACCAGGCCGGCGGUGACCCCCCUCAGCCCGGCCGGAGGAAGGCAGUGGAGGAGUCUACGACUGUGAAGAAGAAGCAGCAGCAGGUGAAGGGGAGCUGCUGGGACACGGUAGUGUUAUUAGGGAAAAUUCUUCUUCUUGUUAUCUUUGUUCCACCUUUUCUCAACUACGCCUCGCUUCAAAGAGAAAGAGAAGAGCUUAUACCGAAAGAUGCACAGUUGAUAGAUAUUGGUCUAGGCCAGAAGAUCAGCCUCGUUUGCAAAGGACAAGGACAACCAGUUGUAAUCCUGGAUGCUCCGACGGGGAUGUCUUCAGACGUCUGGUAUCACGUGCAAGAGAGUGUUUCACAGACUACAAAGGUUUGUGCAUAUGACCGAGUGGGGCUGGGCUUCAGCAGGAGAGUGAUGGAGAACGAGACGAUGGGCAUGGAGAAGGUCUGGAGACCAUCAACCACUGGAAGGAUGGUGGACGACCUCCACCGAUUGGUCAAGGUUGCAGAAUUGGCCACGCCCUUCAUUCUGGUUGGUUCAGAGCUGGGUGCGCUCAACGGCAGGUUCUACAGCCACAUCCACGACGCGCAAGUGUCGGACUUGGUGUUGAUCAGUCCCAUUCCAGAGGACGCGUUUGAAGAGGAGACAUGGCAGCAGUACUGGUAUACACACCUGGUGCCCAGUCUACAGGUGAUGCAGCUUUCCGCCGCUGCCGGUGUGAGCCGCUUUCUCCUCAUCCUGGGUCUUCUGCAGCCCACUGUGACCGGGAGCGUCGUCUCAGCAGAGGUCAUUCAACGACAGAAGUACCUGCUGAGUGAUCCAGCUCACCAGAGCAGCGCUGUGGACGAGCACUUCUUCCUCAACGAGAGCGUGUCUCAAGUCGGAGAGAUUUCCCGAUUCAAGCCGCUGUCGAGCAGCACAUCAGUGAGCGUUCUCCUCGGGGACUCUUUUGAUGAGCAGCUUCCUGCUCAUCUCAACCAAGUUUUUGCUGAGCUGCAGAGGAAGGCACUGGAGCGGGUUUACCCUCAGGCCCACCGCAUUCAUGUUGGGGGGGUGGACCGCCGCAUGAUCUAUAAAAAGCCGUCAUCGGUAAGCAAACAUUUACUGGAGCUGGUGUCAAAGAGACAGACCAAACAGCAGAGGCAAUGAGGCGCUGCUCAAACACGCCCGCCUCCCCGACAACUACUACAGGACACGCUUCCCAACCGGGAACGAGACUCACAUUCACACUUACAGCUGUGCUGUAUCAUACAAUGCCUUUUUAAACUGGAAAACCUGAUGUUUACAUGUUAAUGGUUUAUUAGUAGGCCUGCACAAUAGAAAUAAAUACAAAAGGAAAAUCCCAUUGUUCUCAUUUUCCUGUGACAUAUCUAUAAAAGCCCAGAGAGUAUCAUUAUUAUCAUGACAGGUUAGAUCACUGACAUCUGGUGAAAACUGGUAAAAAUUACUGUAUUUUAAAAUUUUGCAAUAUAUACAGCAGAACAUUUGAUAAAUGGCAGUUCCAUUUAUUUUCCAAUACUGCGCAGCGCUGUUUGAUAUGAAUGUAAACUCUUGAUGUGUUUCUGAAUAAAGAUCACCUUUGUGGA